CCCUGCAAUUUCGCUCUCGAUCUACCGCUUUUCUUCUUAAAUUCAUUUAUUCUUCUUUUUAUUUUUUUCUGGGGGGUGCUCUUUUAUUUUGACUCUUUCUUAUUUAAUUUCUUAAAAUUUCCCCCUUUUUUUAGGUUUAUAAAGCAAAAUUAUUUCUGGGUUUUUCUGUUUCAGAAUUCCCCCUUUUUCCUGUGAUUCAUUUUUGCAGGUUUCUCUUAUUUGCUUUCGACCUAUUAAAAAGGUGAAAUUUCUUUUUUUUGAUUUUUUUUUAAAGUGUUUUAAUUUUUUGGAGUUUGGGAAUUUUGUUCUUCAUGGGCGACAACUUUCACCGGCGUGGUUUAGUGGCACAUGCACCGCCUCCUGGCCACUUUGUACGUUUGGGACGAAACACAAAAGACGAUCUGCAUUUGAGAAAGCCAACAUCGAGAAUGCGGAAGUGGCUGUGUUGUACUUGCCAAGUAGAAGAGUCUUACCCAUCAAAUGAGGAGCCCCUUAAAAGCCCAAAUACAGAAAGAGCGUUAAAGAGCCAAAAGUCUCAAACACUUGUAAAGGAAGAUGUGCAGAAGACAGCACCACCACCAAUUGAAGUAUCCGCCUUGUCUCUGGAUGAACUUAAGGAAAAAACUGAUAACUUUGGAUCCAAGUCAUUAAUAGGCGAAGGUUCCUAUGGAAGAGUGUAUUAUGCUACACUGGAAAAUGGGAAGGCAGUGGCUGUGAAAAAGCUUGAUGUCUCCCAAGAACCAGAGUCCAAUAGUGAAUUUUUGACUCAGGUUUCUAGAGUCUCAAGGCUGAAACAUGAAAACAUUGUGGAAUUGCAAGGCUACUGUGUGGAGGGAAACAUGCGGGUGUUAGCUUACGAGUUUGCUACCAUGGGAUCGUUGCAUGACAUUUUGCAUGGGAGGAAAGGUGUGCAAGGUGCCCAACCUGGUCCAGUGCUUGACUGGAUGCAGCGAGUAAGGAUCGCUGUUGAUGCUGCAAGGGGAUUGGAAUACCUCCAUGAGAAGAUUCAACCUUGUAUCAUUCACAGAGACGUUAGAUCUAGUAAUGUCCUUUUGUUUGAGGAUUUCAGAGCCAAGAUUGCAGAUUUUAACCUUUCAAAUCAGGCUCCGGAUAUGGCUGCUCGUCUUCAUUCCACUAGAGUUUUGGGGACCUUCGGCUAUCAUGCACCAGAGUAUGCAAUGACUGGACAGUUGACGCAAAAGAGUGACGUGUACAGUUUUGGUGUGGUUCUUUUGGAACUUCUCACGGGCCGGAAACCUGUUGAUCAUACUAUGCCUCGUGGUCAGCAAAGUCUUGUAACAUGGGCUACUCCCAGGUUGAGUGAAGACAAAGUUAAGCAGUGUGUUGACCCAAGAUUGAAGGAUUACCCUGCAAAAGGAGUUGCUAAGCUGGCUGCUGUGGCAGCUCUCUGUGUUCAAUAUGAAGGUGAAUUCAGGCCGAACAUGAGCAUUGUUGUCAAAGCGCUCCAGCCAUUACUAAAGCCGCCAGCUCCAGCUCCAGCUCCAGCUCCAGCGCCAACGACAGAGGCAGCUUAAAAGAGGGCUCACUGUCAAAUUUCAUCGUGUUGAUUGUCUUAGAAAUUUUUACAACUGCUCAGUUUCUCUUGCUUCUUGAUACUCGGCAGUCUUUCGUUCAUCAGCAUAUACAUCUGAUUUUUUUUUUUUUUUAAUUUAAUUGUUCCCGAGUUUGUGAUUUGGAUGUGAAAAAAAGAGAGUUUGGGUACACUUGAAAUCGAUUUCGAUUCUUUUGGCGCGUGUACGGUUUGGUCUACAUGUAUGAAAGAAUAGAAAUGAUAUUAUCAAACUAAAUUUGCAAAUUGGCAGGAGAGUUGGUAUUUUUCUUGUGGCAUAUAUAUUUUGUUUGUUAUUUUUA